GCUCUUUACACGGUCGCCCUGCUUUCUUCGCUUUCUUCGUUUACUUUCAAGAAACUGCAUUUCCGCUUCUGGCCAAAGACUUGGAGCCUUGGAGAUAAAGGAGUCUGUGCUUCCCCUUCCUGGGAGCUGGCCGGGAGGAGGCUUUGCCGAGAGCAGGCUCGCCCGAGAUGCUCUAAAAGGCAGUGCCAGGAGCUCCCCGGAGAGGCCGCUGUGAGCACGGGGUUGGCGGCCCAGCUGGACGGAGGGCCCUGUAGGAAGAUGGGCUCCCCGGGAUGGGGACGUGUGCUGGCCUGCUGCCUGCUACUGGCUGUUGCCUGUGGCCCAGCCCUGAGCCUGGUGCCCCGUAUCCAGCAUGAAGAGCAGGAGCAGGAGGGGACCAAGGAGCCGCCAACCCCGCCGGACCACACUGACAGGGCUGAAGAAAAACAUGAAAAAUACCGCCCCAGCCAGGGCGAGGAGCUGCCCACUUCCCAGUGCUUUCGCUGCUGUGACCCCGCUGCCCCCCUGUACCCGGUGGCUCCAGUGCCCCAGAUCAACAUCACCAUCCUGAAAGGGGAGAAGGGUGACCGAGGGGAUCGUGGCCUCCAGGGGAAAUACGGCAAAACAGGCUCGGCGGGCGCCAGGGGCCACGUUGGACCCAAAGGGCAGAAAGGUUCCAUGGGGGCUCCGGGGGACCGGUGCAAGAACCACUACGCCGCCUUCUCUGUGGGCCGCAAGAAGCCCCUGCACAGCAACGACUACUACCAGACGGUGGUCUUCGACACAGAGUUCGUGAACCUCUACGGCCACUUCAACAUGUUCACGGGCAGGUUCUACUGCUACGUGCCCGGCAUCUACUUCUUCAGCCUGAACGUGCACACCUGGAACCAGAAGGAGACCUACCUGCACAUCAUGCGGAACGCGGAGGAGGUGGUGAUCCUGUACGCGCAGGUCAGCGACCGCAGCAUCAUGCAGAGCCAGAGCCUCCUGCUGCAGCUGCGCGAGCAGGACGAGGUGUGGGUGCGCCUCUUCCGCGGCGAGCGUGAGAACGCCAUCUUCAGUGACGAGUUCGACACCUACAUCACCUUCAGCGGCUACCUGGUGAAGCACGCGGCGGAGCCCUAGCCGGUCAGCUGCACUCCUUCCUCUCGCUGCCCCGCGCCCCCGCAUACCCCGCUCCGCAUGGAGCGCACCCCAGGGCCCAUAGCCAGGCUGCCCUGUCUGUCGCCUCCUCCCCCUCCUGGUUUCCCUGGCAUCUGCCUCCCCAGCCUCUGCGUUCACCCCGACGCCCUUCACGGAGGGACGGGAGGGACGGGAGGGACGGGAGGCCAGCUCUCACCCCUCCCUGGAGGGCUGACGGCAGAUGAAGUAACCAGGGUGGGGCACCUGCAGGACAGCCCUGCUCCCUUCUGUGUGCACAUCCUUAACUGACCCCGUGCAGCCGCAGGGUGUCCCAGAGUGCAGCACCCCUGCCCUGCUCGGUUCCCUGGAAAUGAUUAGGCAAAUUCUGAAGGUUAUAAAAGGAGCAAAGAAAACAGUGGAGGAAAAAGGAAAGUGUUGUGAUUUGUGCCUUUUCAGCCGGCUGGCUCCCAAGGGAGUGUCCUUUUUGCUGGAGCUGGCUAGAGGCUCUGUCCAAAAGAACAUGUAAGGCAGAAGCCGAGGGGCACCCAGGAAACCACGUCUGGCUUAAUUCUUUUAGGCCAUAUUCGAGCCUUCUUGGGAGACAGCUGGGCCAAUGUCCAUGUCUUGGUGACAUCCCUGUGGCCUUGCCCAAGCCUCAGCUGGUCUUUCUGGGCCAUAACAGUGAGGGCAUUGCAGCUGGGGCAGUAACUGUCAGCCUCCAAGAGGGACAGCCAAGCCCCUGCCAUUAGCUCUGAGCUGAGUUCUGGGCUCCUGACUGCAGCUGGGGACCUUAGGGACCCCAGACCUGCUGAUGUUUCUAUGAGGAGUAAAGCUCCCAGUGCUCCAGGCACAGUGCUGCUGCAUACCUCACACCACCCUGAGUCCUGGGCGCGGGGUGGAGGGUUCUCCCUGCCUCUCAGCCUAUCUCUCCUCCCACGCAGAGCAGCCACAGAAGGCCCAGGCCUUUGAUUCUGUUCCCACCCUGCACACUGCCUCAGAGUCCCUUCCUCCAGGGUCCAGCCUCCCCGCUCCGCAGCCGCUGUGCUGCUUUGCAGCCAGACUGAUGGCACCAUCCAGAUCUUUGGCCUUUCUCAGGGUCCCAGAGCAGGGAGAGGUGGAGGGGCGUGGAGGGCUCCUAUAGCCUCAGUCCUGAGCCAGCAUAAAAGGGAACUGACUCCCUGGAAGUGGGUGUCAGAGAGGCAGUGGCCCCUGUGGCUCUUUCAAGUCCUCCAAAGCAGGCUGCUGCAUCUCACUGGUGCUCUGGCUCUGUCCCCGGCAGCUGGCAGCCCUGCAUUCACUGACCUCUAGGACCCCACAGCUCUUCCCCACCCUGCCAGGGUCAUUCUCACUGUUUGCUGUGGCCCCUGAGCCUCCCACGUGGGCCUUCCUCCCACUGCCUGGUGACCCCUGGUUCUGACUGACCCCUCUUCCCUCUCUGGGCCUGGCCGUGGGGUCUGGGGUCUGCAUGUGCCUCCCUUUAAUGGACUUCUGCUGGUCAGACUCGGGGCGUGCCCAUGAGCAGAGUGCUGCCCACUGCUUGAGCUCCCCCAGUGUUCUUCCUGGAAAACAUUAAACUCUGAAUUAUGUUUUUCAACA